CCUGUUUCGCGCAGGGCUCCGGGAGGGGCGGGGAAAGCCAAGUCGAACAGGUUCAUUUGGGAUCCAUUCCCGAGCGGUUCUCAGAUCCGAUCGGUGCCGUCCCCGGCCCAGAACCGAGGUCGGAGUCCCCAGUGCUGCUGAGGUCAGCGCCGGCUGUGUCCUGGGCCCUUGGGAACAUGUCGGGACACGUUCCUUAAAAGAAAGCUGGGAGGUGACUCACGGUGACAAGAAGACCCCGGGGAACAAGACGGGUGACAUCAGAACAACUCCAGGACUGGGAGACUGUGGCUCCGCCAGAAGUCCCUUCCCUGCCUCUCUCCACGGUCUCUGUCCCCCCACGCCGCCACCAUCAGCACAGUGACCUAUUUGGCUGGCACAGAGUGUUCCCAGGGAAACCGAGACACCAGGAGGUCCUAGACCGGGUGUCCGGUCCCCGCCCCGAGGCGCGUCCUCUGGGACCCGGAGCCUCGGCCGGGCGCUGGGUGGGCUUGCGCCAGCCUGUCAGUUAGGGAAGCCCCGAAGCCGAACCUACCUCUCUCCCACCGCCGCCGGGAGAACCCCGGCUCAGCCUGCCCUUGGGUCGGCCGGACGUACUCGAGGUGAGGAAAACAGAACCCAGAGAAGUUAAGCUACUUGUCGAAGGUUGCCCAGCAGAGCCUGGAUUCCAACCCAAGUGGCCUGGUUCCAGAGCCCUCACCUUUAACCACCAAGACACAGCUGUUCAACUCUGCUCCAUCCGCCUUGCCUGGCGGGGCCCACCAAUCAUUUCCUUGAGCCUGCAUCUACAGCCCUGCUCUUUAGACACGUAUGCAGUCCCAUUUUACAGAUGAAGAAACGGAGGCCGGGGGACUUGAAAUGACUCUUUGAAAGUUGAGCCACAGGUGCCAUGUCCGAGCCGUCCAGGGACGCGCAUCAAAUCCCCCGCAGCAGCAAGGCCUGCCGCUGCCUCUUUGGUCCAGUGGACAGCGAGCAGCUGCGCCAGGACUGCGAUGCCCUCAUGGCCAGCUGCGUGCAGGAGGCCCGAGAGCGGUGGAACUUCGACUUUGUCACCGAGACGCCGCUGGAGGGGGACUUCGCCUGGGAGCGCGUGAGGGGCCUCGGCCUGCCCAAGCUCUACCUGCCCGUGGGGCCCCGAGACGACCUGGGAGGGGGCAAGCGGCCGAGCCCCUCGUCCGCCCUGCUGCAGGGCACGUCUCAGGAGGACCACUUGGACCUGUCGCUGUCCUGCACUCUCGUGACUCGCUCCCCUGAGCGGCCCGAGGGGACCCCCGGUGGGCCUGGCCCGUCCCAGGGCCGGAAACGGCGGCAGACCAGCAUGACAGAUUUCUACCACUCCAAACGCAGGCUGAUCUGCUCCAAGAGGAAGCCCUAACGCCGCUGCCAGAAGCACGUCCUCGUGGAAACAAGGGGGCCACUGCGGGCCUCUUCUGUACCUUUUGCCUGGGUCCUCCAGUUUGUGCGUCUUAAUUAUUAUUUGUGUUUUAAUUUAAACGCCUCCUCAUGUACAUACCCUGCUUACUGUCACCCUUCCCACGCCCCCAGCCUCUGGCAUUAGAAUUAUUUAAAAAAAAAAUUAGCAGAAAAAAUAGGCUUAUUAGAGUGCUAGGUAUUUUUAUUAUAUGAACCGUUAUUUAAACCCUCUUCAUCCUUUGCUUUCCUCGUCCUUGCUCCUCUGAGGCUGACGUGACCCCCAUUCUCUGGGUGGCACUCUCUGGAGGGGCCUGGCUCUCUCCCCCGCUGCCAUCUGAUGGGUGUUAUGAAGUCCGCCCCCCCCCCCCCCCCCCCCCCNCCCCCCGGCUCCUUUCCUGCAUUCUCAGUCCUGAAUUCCUUAUAAUCUGAGAAGUAAAUAGAUAGCACUUUGAAGGGGGCCCAACAGAGUUGGAGGCAUCAUCAAAACUUUGGGUUCCCCUUGCCCCCUCUAAGGUUGGGCAGGGUGAUCCUUAAGUGGGCACAGCCUGGAAAUGGGGCUGGGGGAUUGGACACCCUCCUGGCCCUUGAUUCCCACCUCUGUCUUGUGAAGGUGUGGGGAAGGUAGGGGCCCGUAGCAAACCACCCCCACCUCGCCACUCCCCCCACCCCCAUCUUCAGGGGAGCUAGUCUCAUAUUUGGCUUCCCUGUUUCCUGCAUUUUUCCAGGAGCCCCAGAGGCCCCUCUUCCCCAGCUGGGCUCUCAGUCCCUCUCUGCUCCUCUCCCUUCCUUCAUGCCCUUUCCCUUUAGUAUCUUCUCGGCCCUGGGUGGCAGCUCUGGGGGGGCCCCUAACCCCCAACUCAGUGGACUGGAAGGGGAAGGGACAUGCUAGGCAUAGGGUUCCCCAGUUCUACCUCAAGCAGCGACUGCCCCCUCCUCUUAGCUCUUGGGGUGGGGGUCCUGGGUGGUCAGACAGGCCUCCUUGAAUGGGGAUCUCUCUGUGUUAGGGGUAGGUGGGUGAGGAGCAGAUUUUUCCAGGAGGGACAGUGUGACACCAGCCCCUGGAACUUGGCCAAGGACUUUUUCCAUUGGCCCCACCCCUUCCCCCAUUUCAUUGCACUUUGAAUAACAGCUGAAGGAGUCAGAUGGCGGGAGCAGAGGCUGUGGAUAGGAUGAGCUAAGUGGGCAAAUGUGGGUCUGGGAGCUGUGAGUCUUUGUCUUUCCUGGCACUGAGCCACGUGGUGGGUCUGACCCCAGACACCUCCCGGCUCCUGUGACAUCCUGGCCUGGACUGUUUUCUCCUGGUUCCCAGAUGGCCUGUCUCUUCCGUCUCCACCUCGACUGUAAACCUCUCACGGGCAGGGAAUACAUCCUGUACUGCUCUGUGCCCUUCAGAGCCCCUCCCACAGUGCUGAGUAUACAGCAGGUGCUCAAUAAAUAUUUCUGAUGACUUUACUCGUAA